GCUGAGGUAGUGCCUUCACCCAACCCCCCGGCAGCCCCCGGCUUCCUCUCCCCGCCAAGGCCUUCUGACAUCUCUUCUGUCCUCUCUGCAGAGGUUUUUCCAGGACACGAUAAUGGGUGAUCAAAUCCAGUUUAUUGUUGAGAAGCUCAAUCAGGAGCCCUUCAGGAAGAACUACAAUUUAAUCACAUUUGACUCCUUGGAGUCAGUGCAGCUCUUGCAGCUGCUCAAUGAUGUUCUGGGGGAGAUUGACCCAAAGCAUGCUGUUGACAUUAGAGAAGAGCUGCCAGAACAAACAGCUAAAAGAAUGUUGAGUCUUCUUGGUAUCCUUAAAUACAAACCUCCAGGAAGUAUAUCUGACUUGAGUGCAUUUCGCCAAGGGUUAGUUACUGGGAGCAAACCUGUCAUUCAUCCUAUCUUACAUUGGCUUCUUCAGAGGACCAAUGAGCUCAAGAAAAGAGCUUACCUGGCACGUUUCUUAGUAAAACUGGAAGUGCCAGCAGAAUUUCUACAGGAUGAUACUGUGGCUGACAUCAACAAACAGUAUGAAGAACUGAUGGAAGCAUUUAAAAACCUACAUAAGGAAUGUGAGCAGCUCAAAACAUCUGGUUUAUCUACUGCCGAAAUAAGAAGGGACAUCACUGCAAUGGAAGAGGAGAAAGAUCAACUCAUCAAAAGAGUAGAGCGUCUUAAGAAGAGGGUGGAGACAGUACAAAAUCAUCAACAAAUGCUUGAAAUAGCAAGACAGCUUCGCUUAGAAAAAGAGAAAGAAGAAUCUUUGGCUCAACAGAAACAAGAACAAAAAAAUCAGUUGUUCCAUGCAGAGCAGAGGCUGCAGAGAGCACAGCUCCAGCUGAGAGAGAUGCAUCAUGCAGUAGCGGAUUCAAAACCUGAAAGUUUAAUGAAGAAACUAGAAGAGGAGAUAAAUUUCAAAUCAUACCUAGUUACUGAAAAAAUACCUAGAGAGCUGGAGAGGAAGAAAAAAACAGCAUAUUUCUUACAAAAGGUGGUUGCAGAGCCUGCUAUGAGUCAAUCUGACCUCAAUGUGCUUGAAAACAAGAUAAAUGAAGUAAAUGCACAAAUAAAUCAGCUUAUUGAGAAAAGAAUGAUGAAGUGUGAGCCAAUUGAUAGUAAACUUUCCAUGUAUCGCCAACAGGCAUCUAUAAUUUCCCGGAAGAAGGAAGCCAUGGCAGAGCAGCUGCAGGCUGCGAGGGAGGAGAUGGCCAGCAUGGAGAGGCAGAUGCUGCAGAAGAGCAGCCAGGUCCAGGAGCUGGGGGGCUCGGAAGCUCUCAAAGAGGAUGAGAUUAAACAGUAUGUUAAUAAGCUGCGGAGCAAGAACACAGUUUAUAAAAAGAAGCGGCAGGAAAUAGCAGAAAUCACAGCUGAGUGCGGCAUCCUCCAGAGGACAGAAGAGCUCCUGAGGCAGCGCCACGAGGCCAUUCAGCAGCAGUUGCAAGCUAUUGAAGACAAGAAAGGCAUUUCUGGCUAUAGUUACACCCAGGAGGAGCUGGAGAGAGUAUCUGCAGUGAAGAGUGAAAUGGAUGAAAUGAAAGGCCAGACGCUGGACAACAUGUCUGAAAUGGUGAAAAAACUGAACACCAUGGUGGCAGAGAAGAAGGCAAGCCUGGCUCCUGUUAUAAAAGAACUGAGACAGCUGCGUCAAAAGUGCCAGGAAUUAACUCAAGAGUGUGAUGAAAAAAAAAUCCAAUACGACAGUUGUGCAGCGGGGUUAGAGAGCAGCCGCUCCACGCUGGAACAGGAAGUGAAAGGACUUCUGGAGGAGUGUGUUCAGGAAGAAAGCAACUACCGAUAUAUUAACUGCAUGAAAAAGAAUCUAGAAGUACAGCUGCAGCGUGCUAAAGAGGAAAUGAAGGCAUACGUCUCCCCAGACCCGCACGAGAGACGAAAUACAAUUCGAGAGCAGUAUAUGCGAAUGAUCCUUGAACAAGAAAACCUUGGGAAGAAACUACGAGAGAAGCAGAAAGUUGUACGGGAAAGUCACGGGCCAAAUAUGAAGCAAAUGAAAAUGUGGCAGGAUUUUGAGCAGUUAAUGAAAUGUAAGAGAGAAUGUUUUCUGAGACAACAAAACCAAACAGCUAUUGGUGAAGUCAUUCAGGAAGGAGGUAAAGAUAGGCUUGUGUUAUGAAUUCUUUUUCUCCAUACCACCAGGAAGUAGGAAGACCAUGCGUUGGCUUCUUAAAGGUCACUUCUUACUAAACAUGGUUGCUUUCAUGAUUUCUACAAAAUUUGUUGUACAUUAUUUGGUUUUGGUGGAUAAACUGAGUGCAACUUGCCACUCUACAAAGCUUUUGGUCCAUUGUUUAAGUGAUAGCGUGGUUCAGAAGAUCUGUUAUGGGCUGCACUGGGGUGAACCUCAUCGUAAAUCUUUGGUUUAUGAGGCUGGGAAUGGCAUGCAUCUGCAGAGAGAUCAAAGGAAAAGAAAUCCUUCUCCAGGGUCACAGAAAAUGCGCGUAAUUGCUCUGCUCCUUAUUCUGUAUCACUAAGGUUACAUUUUGCAAGGCCUGCGACUUGAUCUGGUGUAAUUGUGGCCCUCCUGGCUUGGCCCUGUCCUUCCCCAUUGUCUGUAUCCAUCUGCUGUGACUGGCAAGAAUGGAGCCACUUUGCUUUGGCUGCACAGCCCUCGCCUGCGUGCUCCCAGUCAGACUUUCUCUGCACGCUUGAAUUAAACCGAUUGUGCUGCCACAGCGUCAGGAGUCGGUUCUGAGAACAAUUACUUGGAUUCUGAGCUUUUUCCAUUAUCUUUUGUUGUUAACAAAUGUAU